AUAUAUUAGCCUUUCAAGAAACGCUGUUUUUACGAGUUGGACGUGUUCCGGCGAUGGCCGGGCUUCUCGCGUGGGCCGCUGACGUCGUUGGUGGGAGCGGGACGGGGAAUGAGGACGACGACGGUGAGAUUGGGUUACCAUUGUUGGUUUUCACACCGGAGCAGCAGCAGCGCGCCCUGGAACUUGACCGGGCGGCGGCUGCCCUCCACCGAUCGAUCAAGGAUCUCCGGCUUAGAAUUCCUCCGGAGCACAUCUCUCAGAGGCUUCCCCACCUUCACGCCCACACCAUGGCCUCGAACGCCGCCCUCGCUCUCCAGCUUAAUGCCCACUCCACCACUCGUGAACAGGCACAAUUAAGAGAGGUCUCUCUCCAAGAUGAAAAUGCUGCAUAUGAAAAGGCUAUAUCUAAUUGCCAGAAAAAAAUUCAAGAAAAGCAAGAUGAAGCUAAUGAGCUCCUCAUUAGAUUGAAGGAGCUGGACCUUAUUGAAAAGGAUUUAAAGGAAAACCUGGAAAAAGUAGAAGCUGAGGUGAAGUUUAGUCAAUCCAUGGUAUCAAAAGGUGGUGGUAACAAUGCUGAACAAGUUGAUCUAGUGGAUGAAUCUUCCAGGGCUGUUAAAUCAGAAGAAUUAGAAGAAAAGAAAGAAGAAUUAAGUCUUCAUUGUUCUGUGCUGUUCUGUGCUCAGAAUUCAUUUGACGUGAUGGUUCAGACAUUAGAGGAAGAAUGGUCUCUUGUUCAGAAGGAAUCUAUGAAGCAACCUUCUCCAGCUCAAAGGGAGAAGGCACUGGAAAAGCAACUCCAUAGUCUGAUUGAACAAUUGACUGCAAAGCAAGCACAAGCAGAGAAUCUGAUGAACGAGAUACACACCAAGGAAAAGGAACUAGAGAAUCUCAACAACAUACAAAAGAAGCUUGAAAUUAGUUCCGCAGAUGCAAACAACACAAGAAAUCGCUUUAGUAGAGGCAUGGCUGGGUCGGCUGCAGCUUAUGCUGAUUAUGCUGGAGACUCCUACAGCAGGCCUUACAUUGCAGGCAUCACAACUGAAAGCCUACAAAAGCUUAUGCUUCUGAGGUCUGCAUUUGUUCUCUAUAUCUUAGCCCUCCAUGUGAUUGUUUUCAUAAAAAUCUCCUUUUGAUCCAUCUCGUAUUUCAUGGCAUUUUAUGUAUUUUAGUUUCUAUGACAGAUAACUCCAAUUUCUUUUGCCUAGUAUCCACAUCUUCUUGAGUCAAUUUUUUUUUUUUCUUAGAAGAGGGAUUGUGGCUGUUUUCAGGGAAAUAGAAUUGCAACAUCUCUUUGAUAAAUGGAGAAAAAAAGCAAAAGAGAAUUAAGAAAGAAAUAAAAUGAAGAAGAAAGAAGUUGAUGUAUAUGAUUAGAGAGUGCAAUCUUUAUGAAUUGAAAGUUUGGUUGUGUUAGAAUUUUUUGAUGAUUUUAUAGAGAUUUGGGAUGA